AUGGCAUCGUUCAUCGAGGACCUGUGGUCCAGCAUCUUUACCGCCGGUCCUACUCCAACCCUCCUUUUCGCGACCAAUGUCAGCUUCGCCGCGCUGCAAACCCUGCUCCUCGUCCUCCUCCUAGCGACAUAUAGCAUUCAUUUCGUCUUUCUGUCGAUCAUCUCGGGAGGGCUUUGGUACAUGAUUAAUUGGUUCGCUCGGGAAGUGACACAAGCGCAAGCUCAGGCUGCUGAGCAGGAAACAUCAACGGAAAACGCGUCGGUGGAAGGAAAGAAACCUGCGCAGAGCGAUUCUCGAACUCGAGGGACUCCGGACGGUGCCGAUAGUGACACGGAGACGGAAGGCUUGUUGGAUCGCAAGAGCCCGCAAGUUUCUGUCUCUACUCCACAGUCGACCUCUGCUUCCACGACACUUCAGGUUCCCAGGAGUGCGAAUGAAGUUCGAAAGCGUCUUAGUGUGAGCGGUGAUAGCUCGGGUUACGCGAGCACUGAUAGUGAGUGGGAGAAGGUGGAUGACAGCAAUGGAAACUGA